AUGAAUGCAACUUUAGCUUGGAGUCGGGAAAGAGAACCCAUGCUGGUGACAGGUACAUUAACAGGUGCCAUGGCGCCUGAUUUCUCUAGUGCUUCUCAGCUCGAGAUUCUUUCUUUUGGUGGAGGCCACCUUUCUUCCCUUUGUAAAGUCAGCACCACCUCCAGGUUCAAUACAUUAGCUUGGGGUCAAGGUGUUAUUGCUGGUGGUAUGGAGACGAACGAACUGGAACUUUGGAACGCCACUACUAUGCUUGAUUCCACCAAGAGUGCCACAGAGGCGCUGAUACUUCGUACAUCCAUGCAUACAGGAAAACUCGCCUCUUUAGAUUUCAACUUUUUCCAACCCAACUUGUUAGCCUCCGCCGGAAAUCACAGCGAGGUAUAUAUAUGGGAUUUAAAUCAACCGGGUACACCGUUCACACCAGGCACAAAAUCAUCCAAGAUGGAUGAGAUCACCAGUGUCAAGUGGAACUGUCAGGUACAACAUAUCCUCUCUACCGCUUCUACCAACGGUUAUACCGUCGUGUGGGAUUUGCGUAACAAGAAAGAAGUCAUGACCUUGCCUUCCUCUUCUUCCAUCUCUUCCAUUGCCUGGAACCCUGACAUCGCCACACAAAUUGUCACUGCUUCAGGCGAUGAUAUCAACCCAACGUUAUCCUUAUGGGAUUUACGGCAUGCACAUUCACCGGAAAAGACCUUUCGGGGUCAUACACAAGGUAUACUGGAUGUAGCAUGGUGUCGACACGAUGCCGAUCUUUUAGUGUCCAGUGGAAAAGACGGACAAACCCUAUGUUGGAAUACGCAAUGGGGGACUUUGCAAUCACAGGUGGCUACUGAUAGUAAAUGGAGUUUUCGUGUGGAUUGGUGUCCACGCCAACCCCAUUUACUUGCCUAUGCCAAUAUGAACGGAUCCAUUAAUGUGGUAUCGAUAGAGGACUCUACCACUGUAGCAGCAGCACCACCAAAAUGGCGUCGUUGUCCUGUAGGAGCUACGUUUGGACUAGGUGGAAAAUUAGCUCGAUUUCACAAGAAAUGCGUACGAGUGACUACGAUCCAAACAGACCCAGAAAUCAUGAAACGAUCCGAGCAAUUAGAAUCAGCUACGGAAGAAGACAAUGUGCAUCAUUUUAUUGAAGAUCGUAUUCGAGAAAGUCAAGGACAAGAUAAAGUGGAUUGGGAGAUUCUUUUACCCUUGUUUUCAGAGAACGCUCGCGAACAUUUAAUUGCGUAUUUGGGGUUUGAUCGAGAUACGGUAGUGGAAGCUGCAGAGGCUAUACUAAGAAAAAAUACAAAAAAGAGCCCCCAGGAGAGUGAUCAUGGGCAGACUACCUUGUUUCAAACAUCUUCCAGUUUAUUUGUCGGUGGCGAGGGACAAAAGGGGGUGGCUGCCUCGUUUUUUAAAGCACAGGAUCCUUCAUCACAACAACCGUUUAAAUUCUUUCCUACUACAUCAACAACAGAUUUGGAUGGGUGUAUAACACAGGCAGUAGUAUUGGGCGAUUUCGAAAUAGCGGUGGAUCUUUGUAUUGCUCAUGAUCGAUUUGCGGAUGCCUUUAUGUUUGGCAUGUGUGGCGGUAGUGAAUUACUAGCACGUACACAAAAAGCGUAUUUGAACAAACAAUCCAAGCAUCAUGCGUAUCUUCGAUUAUUGGAAGGCAUUGUACAAGAUGAUUUGACGGGUAUUGUGAGGGAUGCGGAUGAAAAGGAUUGGUCGUCUGUGCUUGUGAUCUUGUGUACGUUUGCUCAAUCUACAGAUUUUGGAAGGUUAUGCGGGAUCAUGGGAGACCGAUUGAUGAGGCGCACUGAUUUGCGUGAGCACGCCACCUUAUUUUAUUUGGCGGCUGGUGAUUUAGAGAAAGUGGCGUCCAUUUGGAUUGCUCAAUUGGAUGGAGGAGAAGGUGUGCGAUUACAAGAGCUUGUGGAAAAGAUCACCUUAUUUCGAAAGGCCAUUCAAUUCGAGGACCCUCAUAAGAGAACGAAGGAGAAGGGAGGAGAGUAUGUAUUGAAAUCCUUGUAUGCGAAAUAUUGCCAGUAUGCCGAAUGGAUGGCAACCCAAGGGAAAUUGGAGGUGGCAAAGAAAUACAUUUGUUUGAUUCCCGAUGAUUAUGUGAAGGCUAAUUUGGAUUCAAUGGUGCAUGCACGUGUAUUUCGUAUGCCUGAGGAGACAAUGAUCAUUCAGACAAAGAGACCUGUGUCGUCAGCUACUACCCUCGGUUAUUAUAGUGCUCAUCAGCAGCCAUUUGUUACUAAAAGACAAUAA